GAUGCAGUAGACGCCCCCGUCGCCCGUCUCGCCCGCCUCAGUCGCGCAUAGACAACUCGCCGAGUGCUAGUGUGAUCGCAUACCGCUCAGCACCAUUUUGUGUGUAUCGUUUCGAACGGGACAUUGUGUGUAUGUGCUCCGUGAAUAAUCGCAAACCACGACCGCCCGAGUGUCCAGUGAACAGUGUUUCACUUUCGACAUGCCCGCAGAGGCGUCGAUGCGAUAUCUCGUAGAAACCGCGCCUCCGUCAUGAGCGAGUGAUCGUCGACGUGAAAAAAAAGUUAACACAGGAAACAUGUCUGGGCGGACCGCCGACGCGGAUGCGAGCGAAGGGUUCGGGUUCGAAAUUCGAAAGCGGUCAUGUCAUCGCCUCUCGGAUUUCGUAUAAGUCACCGUCCAAUGUCAAAAUCGUGCACGUACCGCGAGCGCCGAGCGGCCGGACCGAGCGGAAAAUGCAAGCGGUGCUAGUGUGGUGCUGCGCGGCCAUGGCGCUGCUGGCGCUGGUGGGCCCGGCAAACGCCUGCUCGUCCUCCAUCUCCAAGCGGCCGGCGCGCGUGGCGCGGCCCGCCGCCGGCCGCCCGCCGCAGCCGCAGCCGCAGCCGCGCCUCAACGUCACCUUCCCCACCUUCAAGUGCGAGCCCGAUUACUCGGAGUACUACUGCCUGAACGGCGGAGUGUGCUUCACCGUGAUCAUCUCGGACAGCCCUAUCUACAACUGCGAGUGCCGCAGCGGCUUCGUGGGGCAGCGCUGCGAGUUUAAGGACCUGGACAACUCGUACGUGCUGACGAGCCGUCAGCUCAUGAUGGAGACGGCGUCGAUCGCGGGCGGCGCCACUGUGGCCGUGUUCCUGGCCAUUCUAGUCUGCUUCGGCGCCUGGGUGCGGCUGCACCGGCGCGGGAAGGCGCCGCCGCAGGAGGAGCGCGGGCACGUGCAGCUGGUGGCCGUGGCCGCGCCGCACGGGCCUUGCUCGCGCCUGGCGCCGCCGCAGCCGCCGCUGCAAGCGCCCCACUAGCCUUGGACUCUGGACGCUGCGUCCCUGUUCAUACUGUAUCUCGUGUACAUAUAGAUAGAUUAUGUGUUAAGUUAUGUGGAGCGAACGCGAAGAUAUAAGAAAAAUUUAUGUGAUAAUUAUUUUACGAAGCUUAUAAUUUAUUUCGAGGAAUUUCUUUUGUAUAUACCGUUCAAUCAGCUGGAAGUCCCGAGUUUGAUUGCGUGUAAAUUUCAGUUCAGUGUCCCCAGUGUUGGUGAAAACCCCUGUGUCGGUCUCAUUGUGUCAGAUGUGAAUGUUGGCCAUGUGCCUCACUACUCGCUUCAAUUAGAGCUGUUAUAUGUUGUUUUGUUGUUGGCACUGUAUCUGUGGGUACAGAAGAGUGCUGCCCUCUGCUGGUAUUUGUAACAAGCCCUUAACUCGGCUAGCUCGAGGCGGGCCCUAGUUGGAAGCGGAUCUCGGGCCCUGCACUGAGCUAGUGGAGUCGAGGGUAGGUGUGAUUGAGAGGGCUGUAUUGUGUGUGCAUCCAAAGCAUGUCUUUGGCUGCAGCACACACUGCAUGUUAUUGUUUGUUAAUGUAGCAAAUGUUAUGAGUACUCCGAAGCAUGGGGCAUGCCCCUGCUGCUAGUAAUUGUGAAUCAAUGUUAAUUGUAUCAUAUUCCAUUCUACCCAAUAGAGUUGCGAUGAAUUGCAGCGCGUGCGGCGACUCGAGCCCGCACGGUCCAUCUGCAGAUAGGUUAUUUUACUGGUGUCAGUAUUAUUUUGUAAUACGAGUCUUAAGCCGGCAGCUUUACUUUAUUUUUUAAUUUAUACUGUUAUCCCGCUGGGAUAGUGCUGUAUUAUAUUUGUUUAAAGGCUGAUAGUGCCCUUGAAGAAGGCUUCUUGUAAAUAUAGCCUGUGUAGGUAUUUAUUAGAUAUUUAUGAUGGUUUAUUUAUUGACUGCUUUAUUUAGUUGAAGGAUGACGGCCGCACCGCGCCGAGCCUACUGCGGUUGGCGGUUGCAUUUUCAUCUCACCCUGCUAAGCAUGGCCUCGCGUAAAUAUAUUCUCAAUAAUCUCAUUAUGAAUCUCCAUUAUGUCUUGUAUGUACCUAUUAUGUAAAAAUUGAAUAAAAUUACAUUGGAUGGUGAAUAAAAUCAGUUUCUCAGCAGCCUACAAUGUCACCUUCCAUUUUGGUGUUCAUUUCUGUAUUCCUUGUAUGGCAGACGUUUUUUGAGUUGAUACAUGCAGUAUGUCAGUAAUUUUCAUACACCUUAAAUAAAUUGUAAUUGUUGUGAAUAAAUUAAUUAUAAAAUGUAUGUGAACUAUUGUCAGAUUGUAUGCAGCUGAUCAUACCGUGGGAUAACUAUUUGUCUAUAUUUCAAGCUUUCUAUUCAGUCCUUGUCGUGUCAUUGGAUUUCCCUGCGAAGUGGCAAUGGAGGCUGUGGGAGGGACCCAAAAAAAUAGCAAAUUGUCAAAAAGGCUGUGACAUGACGGCAUUUUUGGGUUGGCCAGGCGGUAGUUUUAUCUUAGACCUUUGGCAACCAUUUUUAAAUGCUAUUUCAUGUUUUUGACGAUUCCUGGUACCGCUUCAUCAACCCACAAAGCCUUUGCACAGUUUUUGUAAUGUGGAGUCCACUCUGUUCAUAUAUGAGAUUGUGUAAAUCGACAUUCCAAAGUAUUUGUAAAAUAUUACCUACAUCGCUAAUAAUUUUGAAGUAUCUGUUAAGACGCUACAUUGUUAAUUAUACAGUUUUCUAUUGAUCAUUUGUUAAAAGAAAAUUAUAUGAAACUAAAUCCUUAAUUUCUG